CCUACGCCACAGGACACCGCUCGAUUCAAAGAAAGCUAGAAAGGGAACAAACACCAUAAAUAUAAAACCAAACAAACUAUACAUUCUUACCACCAAUUCACCAUUCUCCUCUCUUGUACAUCAAGUCUACAACAGUUCCCGUAUCUUUUAUUUUUUAUUUUUGACACAUAGUUUCCGUUUCUUUAAUUUUCCCUCCUCUCAAAACUCUAGCCUUCUUCUUUAAUUGAGGUUAGAUUCAAUAGCAUUAAUAAUGGGUGCAACGGAUAAGAUCUGGAAUCCCGUACAAGUCGCAGAACAAGCUCGUAAUGACUACGCCUCGGAGAUUUUUCCAUCUCGUCUUUCCAUUGAUCCCUCUCUCUCCCUUUCUCAAAUGACACCUCUCGUCAUUAAUUUGUGCAAGGACAUGUUCAAGGCCUGGUCAAAAUUAGACGAUUCUUGCUUUCAUAUUGAGAAAAUUUCUGGAGGCAUAACAAAUUUGUUACUGAAGGUUUCAGUUAAACAAGGGAAUUCUAUUGAUGAUAUUAUAACCAUCAGAUUGUAUGGACCGAACACCGAGUUCAUCAUUGAUCGCCACAGAGAAUUGCAGGCCAUCAAAUACAUCACUGCUGCAGGAUUUGGUGCUACGUGGCUUGGAAUAUUUGGAAAUGGCAUGGUGCAAUCUUUUAUUAAUGCGUAUACUCUUACUCCAUCAGAUAUGCGGGACCCAAAACUUGCUGCUAAAAUAGCCAAACAACUUCGAAGAUUUCAUCAUGUGGAAAUUCCAGGUUCUAAGGAACCUCAAUUAUGGAAUGAUAUCCGGAAGUUUUUUGAGAAAGCAUGCAAUCUAAAAUUUGAUGAUACUGAAAAGCAAAAGACUUACGAGGCAAUUUCAUUCACGGAACUUCAUGAUGAAAUUUAUAAGCUCCAGCUGUUGUGUGAUCGUCUCAAAUCUCCUGUAAUUUUUGCUCACAAUGACUUGCUUUCUGGAAACAUAAUGAUUAAUCAUGAAGAAGAUAAACUUUACUUCAUUGAUUAUGAAUAUGCAUCAUACAACUACAGAGGCUUUGAUAUAGGGAACCACUUUGCAGAAUAUGCUGGUUUUGAUUGUGAUUUCUCCUUGUACCCAAAUAGGAAUGAACAGUUUCAUUUCUUCAGGCAUUACUUACAGCCUGAAAGACCUCAAGAGGUGCCUCAGAAGGAUCUUGAAGCUUUGUAUAUUGAGGCAAAUACAUAUGCACUGGCUUCACACCUUUUCUGGGCUUUGUGGGGGCUAAUUCAGGCAAAGAUGUCCCCGAUAGAUUUCGAUUAUCUUGGUUACUUUUUCAAACGAUACAAGGAGUAUAAAAGGCAGAAAGACCAGGUUGAAUCACUGGCAAUAUCGUAACUUGCAGAAUGCGAUUAGUAGAUAUAGAUUCUACUUCAUCAAUCACUCCUAGAUUCUACCCUGAUUCAUGUAGUUAAAUGUUUGUGUAAAAUAUCUUUUGUAGACGCUCAUUACAUAAAGGCAAGUUUAGGCAUUUAGUUUGUGCUUUGCUAGCUCCUUAUAUUGUAAUUCUGAAAUUUUGGCUUUCAAAUGGAUCUAUCAUUCUUUUUCCUGUAUUGUGACGUUUCAAAUUUUGAUCUCCUAACUUUUCA